AUGAAAAAAGGACUGGACUAUGUGAAAUCGGCUCGUUUCUUUGUUUGUCCCAACGAAGGUUUUGUGAAACAGCUUCAAAUCUUCGAGCAACUUUCUUGGAGUGCUUGCUUGGAUACACUUAGCAAUUCUCAAAUUUACCGCUCUUGGUUACUUGAAAGUGGAAAUCACCCGACAACUGAAGAAGAGGCAAAAACAUCAUUAUUUAUUCAAACACUGAAGUCAGGUUCAAAAGAACUUGCUCGUUAUCGUUGUAUUGCUUGUCGAACGGAUCUUUUUUACGACUGCCACAUACAACAACAUAUGAAUAGAGCGGAAAAGGUUUGCAAUUGUUGGAUUGGU